AUGGAUACCAAAGGAAGACUUAUUGCGGGUUCACACAACAGGAACGAGUUUGUUCUCAUCAAUGCGGAUGAGAUUGGACGAGUAACAUCUGUGAAGGAAUUAAGUGGGCAGAUUUGCCAAAUUUGUGGAGAUGAGAUUGAAAUUACAGUGGAUGGAGAGCCAUUUGUUGCCUGCAACGAAUGUGCAUUCCCUGUUUGCAGACCUUGCUACGAGUACGAAAGAAGAGAGGGAAAUCAAGCUUGCGCUCAAUGCAAAACCAGAUACAAACGCAUCAAAGGGAGUCCUAGAGUGGAAGGAGAUGAAGAGGAAGAAGAAUUUGAUGACUUGGAUAACGAAUUCGAUUUCGGGGCCAAUGAUCUGAGAGACCCGCAACAAAUUGCAGAGGCAGUGCUCGCUGCUCGCCUUAAUACUGGCCGUGGUCGCCAAUCCCAUGUUUCUGGGUUCUCGACUCCGUCGGAGAUGGAGUCCUCUACCCUUAAUCCAGAAAUCCCUCUCCUGACUUACGGCCAAGAGGAUGAUGUGAUUUCCUCUGAUAAACAUGCUCUUAUCAUUCCCCCAUUGAUGGGUCGAGGAAAGCGAGUCCACCCUGUGUCAUUUCCUGAUUCCUCUUACCCACCCAGAUCAAUGGAUCCUAAGAAAGAUUUAGCAGUGUAUGGGUAUGGUACAGUUGCAUGGAAGGACAGAAUGGAGGACUGGAAGAGAAGGCAAAAUGAUAAACUUCAAGUGGUUAAGCAUGAAGGAGGUGGUGGUGGUGGUGGGAGCAAUGAUGGAGAUGAGCUGGAUGAUCCUGAUUUACCCAAGAUGGAUGAAGGAAGGCAGCCACUUUCGAGGAAGUUACCAAUAUCAUCAAGCAAGAUAAACCCAUACAGAAUGAUCAUUUUACUCCGACUUGCAAUUCUUGGAUUAUUUUUUGACUAUAGGAUUCGCCACCCAGUCCAUGAUGCGUAUGGACUAUGGCUUACCUCGAUUAUUUGUGAAAUAUGGUUCGCUGUAUCAUGGAUAUUUGAUCAGUUCCCAAAAUGGUUCCCAAUUGAGCGAGAAACAUACCUCGAUAGACUAUCACUGAGGUAUGAGAAAGAAGGGAAGCCAUCUGAGUUAGCUCCUAUAGACAUAUUUGUGAGUACGGUUGAUCCGUUGAAGGAACCUCCGCUUAUCACUGCAAACACAGUUCUGUCUAUCCUUGCUGUGGAUUAUCCGAUCGACAAGGUUGCUUGCUAUGUCUCAGACGAUGGUGCUGCAAUGCUUACAUUUGAAGCCCUCUCUGAGACAUCUGAAUUCGCGAGGAAGUGGGUACCAUUCUGUAAGAAGUUCAAUAUUGAGCCUCGUGCCCCAGAGUGGUAUUUUGCUCAGAAAGUUGAUUAUCUAAAAGACAAAGUGCAUCCUACAUUUGUCAGGGAACGUCGUGCAAUGAAGAGGGACUAUGAAGAGUUUAAAGUUCGGAUAAAUGGGUUGGUUGCUAUGGCUCAGAAAGUUCCCGAGGAGGGUUGGACAAUGCAGGAUGGGACACCAUGGCCAGGGAAUAAUGUCAGGGAUCAUCCCGGAAUGAUUCAGGUGUUCCUGGGUCAAAAUGGUGUCCGUGACAUUGAAGGAAACGAGUUACCACGUCUCAUUUAUGUUUCUCGUGAGAAAAGGCCAGGAUUUGAACACCACAAAAAAGCUGGCGCAAUGAAUGCUCUGGUGCGAGUCUCGGCAGUCAUCUCAAAUGCUCCUUACCUACUGAAUGUGGAUUGUGAUCAUUAUAUAAACAACAGUAAAGCUCUCCGUGAAUCUAUGUGUUUCAUGAUGGACCCCACCUCUGGGAAGAAAAUAUGCUAUGUGCAGUUUCCUCAAAGGUUUGAUGGGAUUGAUCGUCACGAUAGAUACUCGAAUCGCAAUGUUGUGUUCUUUGAUAUCAAUAUGAAAGGACUGGAUGGGAUCCAAGGGCCAAUUUAUGUUGGAACUGGUUGUGUCUUCAGGAGGCACGCACUCUAUGGCUAUGAUGCUCCCACCAAAAAGAAACCUCCAGGGAAGACGUGCAAUUGUUUGCCUAAAUGGUGUUGCUGCUGUUGUGGAUCUAGAAAGAAAAAUAAGAAAGGGAAAUCGAAGGAUAACAAGAAGAAGACAAAGAGCAGGGAGGCUUCAACACAAAUACAUGCACUUGAAAAUAUCGAGGAAGGAAUCGAAGGAAUAGAUAAUGAAAAAUCAGCUCUCAUGCCCCAAAUAAAAUUUGAGAAGAAGUUUGGACAGUCGCCAGUUUUCAUCGCUUCAACGCUGCUAGAGGAAGGUGGAGUUCCACCUGGUGCAACUUCUGCAUCACUUUUGAAAGAAGCAAUUCAUGUCAUUAGCUGUGGUUACGAGGACAAAACCGAGUGGGGAAAAGAGGUUGGAUGGAUUUAUGGCUCGGUUACUGAGGACAUUUUAACUGGCUUCAAGAUGCAUUGCCAUGGCUGGAGAUCAGUGUACUGUAUGCCCAAAAGACCUGCAUUUAAGGGAUCAGCUCCCAUUAACCUUUCAGAUCGUCUGCACCAGGUCCUUCGAUGGGCCCUGGGAUCUGUUGAGAUUCUCUUGAGUAGGCACUGUCCGAUCUGGUAUGGCUAUGGGUGUGGUUUGAAACCGUUGGAGCGCUUUUCAUAUAUCAACUCAGUUGUUUAUCCGUUGACAUCCAUUCCCUUGAUCGCUUAUUGUACGUUACCUGCUGUCUGUCUCCUUACUGGGAAGUUCAUUGUCCCUGAGAUUAGCAAUUAUGCCAGUAUCGUAUUCAUGGCGCUCUUCAUAUCAAUUGCUGCAACCGGUAUCUUAGAGAUGCAGUGGGGAGGCGUUACCAUAGACGACUGGUGGAGAAACGAGCAGUUCUGGGUGAUUGGCGGCGCAUCAUCGCACCUUUUCGCUCUCUUCCAAGGUCUUCUGAAAGUUUUGGCUGGUGUCAAUACAAACUUCACCGUCACAUCAAAAGGAGGAGACGAUGGGGAGUAUUCUGAGCUUUACCUCUUCAAGUGGACAUCUUUGUUGAUACCUCCCAUGACUUUGUUGAUUAUAAACAUAAUUGGAGUCAUUGUCGGUGUUUCGGAUGCGAUCAACAAUGGGUAUGAAACGUGGGGCCCACUGUUCGGCAAACUGUUCUUUGCUCUAUGGGUGAUUGUCCAUCUUUACCCUUUCUUGAAAGGUUUGAUGGGGAAACAGAACGGGCUUCCCACCAUUAUUGUGGUGUGGUCUAUUCUCUUGGCUUCUAUCUUAACGCUUUUAUGGGUCCGGAUCAACCCGUUUCUGGCAAAAGGAGGUAUUGUAUUGGAAGUUUGUGGGUUGGAUUGUAACUAAAGAUGCACAAAAUAGAAGUUUUAGAUGGUUUGAAUUAUAUGUAGAAAGGUUGUUUUGGGAAUUGCAGAAGAGGGUGAAGAUGAGGACAUCAAGACACGGUUUGAUUAUUGAUGAGGAUAGUAUAGAGAUGAGUGAGUUGGGAAGGAAAUUGGUGAGAUGGGGUUGUGUAGAUAAGAAACAAAGAAAGGGUCAUUUGUAAUUUGCGGAACACAAUUAAUGUUUGUUCUGUGAAAGUGUUUUUUCAUUCAUUCUUUUGUUACAUUUGGGUUUUGUGGUGGGUUGGAAGGUAUGGAAUUCAGAGGGUCUCUCUGCAAUCCCAAGGGAACGUAAAGUUAGCUUUCUUUGUAAUUUAUUAUAUAUUCCCUUCUCAAUAAGGUUAUGUUUUCAGGUUUCUGUUAACUCAUUUUCAUAUACUCACUCUGCAUUAAUAUGUUAUUUCCCCCUGAAAACUGGGACUGUUUUUGUAGUGCUCAAGUUUAAUUGGUUAAAAUGGAUAUGCAGUUUUUA